AUGGGUUUCAAUGCUCGUUGUGGAGUACUCUCUUUCCUUUUCGUGCUCAGCAUUUUCCUCUCUAUAGCAGGAUAUGCUUAUGCAGGCCGCGAUAUCCCAAAAGACUUGAAAGAAGAUAAAAAGCAGCCUCAAUGGUUCGGCUAUGAUGGCACGGUGCUGGUUCCAGGUUUAGGCCGCUAUAUGGUCCCCAAGAAGGGCACCAUUGUCAAUCCAUUUACCUACAAUCCCAUCACUGGCACAAAUGGAGGAAAUGGUUUUUCUAUCCCCAGUUUUGGUGGUUCGACUGGUGGAGCUGGUGGCAGCAAUAUUCCUGGUGGCGACGACACAUUCGUGCCUAACCCGGGGGUAGAGGUGCCGAAUCCAGCUGGUGGCGGCAUUCCUACACCAUCUGCCCCUUGA